UUGAUCACUGUUUGUCUCAUAUAAAAAGUUUCCUGGCUUCUUUUAUACCUGCUGUCUCAAGCGGGAGUGUGGUUCAAUAAACCAUGUCUGGCCGGGGCAAGAAAUCUGCACCCAAACCAAAAUCUAGAGUGACCCGCUCAUCCAAGGCAGGACUCACCUUCCCAGUGGCGCGCAUCCACAGGUUGCUGAUGAAGGGCAACUAUGCACACCGAAUCGGCGCUGGGGCUGCAGUCUACCUCUCAGCUGUUCUGGAGUACCUAUGUGCUGAAAUCCUGGAGCUGGCAGGAAAUGCUAGCCGUGAUAACAAGAAGCUGCGUAUCGCUCCACGCCACAUUUUGUUAGCUGUACAGAAUGACGAGGAGCUUAAAAUACUGCUUGCAGGAGUCACAAUCUCAGAGGGCGGCGUAAUUCCAAACAUCCAGGCAAGCCUGCUCCCAAAAAGGUCGAAAGCUCCGAAAGAAGAUGGAUCUGCUAAAGCGGUUCAGUCUCAAGAGUUUUAGAAAUUUCUAAUGUAAAAAAAUUUUAACCUUGAUAUUAAAGAUUUUUUCCCCCC